AUGUCAGUUCACAUUAUGGUGCUGUUUACCUUUUAUUUUUACAUUUUUUUUUACAUCUAUCUCUGUCACUUUCUUUCUUUCCUUUAUUCUUUCUUUCUUUCUUUUUUCUAUCUAUCUAUCUAUCUAUCUAUCUAUCUAUCUAUCUAUCUAUCUAUCUAUCUAUCUUGGUCAAUUUCUAUCUAUCUAUCUAUCUAUCUAUCUAUCUAUCUAUCUAUCUAUCUAUCUAAAUAUGUCAUUUUCUUUCUUUCUUUCUCGAUCACUUUCUAUCUAUCUAUCUAUCUAUCUAUCUAUCUAUCUAUCUAUCUAUCUAUCUAUCUAAGUCAUUUUCUUUCUUUCUUUCUUUCUUCCUCGAUCACUUUCUUUCGUUCUAUCUAUCUAUCUAUCUAUCUAUCUAUCUAUCUAUCUAAAUCUAUUCAUGCCUUGAAUGAUGAUCUAUCUAUCUAUCUAUCUAUCUAUCUAUCUAUCUAUCUAUCUAUCUCGCAUGAUGAUCUAUCUAUCUAUCUAUCUAUCUAUCUAUCUAUCUAUCUAUCUCGGUCAUUUUCUUUCUUUCUUUCUUUCUUUCUUUCUUUAUAUCCUUCUUUCUUUCUUUCUUUCUUUCUUUCUUCUAUCUCGACCACUAGCAUGAUGAUCUAUCUAUCUAUCUAUCUAUCUAUCUAUCUAUCUAUCUCUAUCUCGGUCAUUUUCUUUCUUUCUUUCUUUAUCAUUUUCUUUCUUUCUUUGUAUCUAUCUAUCUAUCUAUGUAUCGCGGUCAUUUUCUUUCUUUCUUUCUUUCUUUCUUUCUUUAUUUCUUUAUUUCUUUAUCAUUUUCUUUCGUUCUAUUUAUCUAUCUAUCUAUCUAUCUAUCUAUCUAUCUAUCUAUCGCGGUCAUUUUCUUUUUUCCUUUUUACUAUAUAUCUAUCUAUCUAUCUCGGUCAUUUUCUUUCUUUCUUUCUUUCUUUCUUUCUUUCUUUCUUUCUUUCUUUCUUUCUUUCUCGACAACUAGCAUGA